AUGUCAUCCACACCCACUUUUAAGGGAACCAUUAGCCACAAGACUGUCGGUAGAGGCAGGCUGCCCGACUUUGACAGUCACAUUCCACGUCCUCGCCCAGAGACUUCCUCUACAACUCACACCCCCCAGACCGCGUCCAGCGACAUUGGCAGUUCCACCAUGAGUGCCGCCAGCAGCCGUCAGAGGCAAAACCAGUCCAAGCGCGAUGAGGCUAUCCGACGAAAAUUGGAGGCCGACCUCAACAAGAAGAGACAUGCCCCGGCACGAGCAAACCGCUCCCGCAAAGCUCCCCCCGGUACCGUCCUCGCAUUGAAACCUAGUCAAGCCCUCCAGAUCAAGCCGAACACCUCCAUCGCCGAAGCCGCCCAGUUGAUGGCCGCGAAGAGAGAAGACUGCGUGCUUGUGACUGACGAUGAUGACCGAAUUGCUGGUAUCUUCACGGCUAAGGACCUCGCGUUCCGCGUGGUCGGCACUGGCCUGAAGGCGCGGGAAAUCACCGUGUCUGAGAUUAUGACCAAGAACCCUCUGUGCGCGAGAACGGAUACCAGUGCCACCGACGCUCUUGACCUCAUGGUCCGGAAAGGAUUCAGACACUUGCCGGUUAUGGACGAGAACCAGGAUAUCUCGGGUGUUCUCGAUAUCACAAAGUGCUUCUACGAUGCGAUGGAGAAGUUGGAACGUGCAUACAGUUCGUCGCGCAAGCUCUACGAUGCAUUGGAGGGUGUGCAGACGGAACUCGGCUCCAGUCAGCCCCAGCAGAUCAUCCAGUAUGUCGAAGCGCUACGACACAAGAUGUCCGGCCCCACGCUAGAGACCGUCUUGGACGGCAUGCCCCCAACCACUGUCUCCGUCCGCACCACGGUCAAGGAUGCCGCCGCUCUGAUGAGGGAACACCACACCACUGCCCUGCUCGUACAGGAUCAGGGCUCUAUCACGGGUAUCUUCACCAGCAAGGACAUUGUGCUGCGUGUCAUUGCUCCUGGUCUUGACCCGUCUACCUGCAGCGUCGUCCGCGUGAUGACCCCUCACCCUGAUUUCGCCCCCAGCGACAUGAGUAUCCAGGCUGCGCUCCGCAAGAUGCACGAUGGACAUUACCUCAACCUCCCCGUCAUGAACGAUGCGGGUGAGAUUGUGGGAAUGGUGGAUGUGCUGAAGCUUACGUACGCCACGUUGGAACAGAUCAAUACCAUGCAGUCGCAUGAUGAUGAGGGCCCGGCCUGGAACAAGUUUUGGCUGUCGAUGGAUCACGAGUCCGAUUCCAUGGUCUCGGGGAGCCAGCAGCCCGCGCAGCGGUCAGUACUCAGCCCUGAGUCUCCGAAGGCUAGUUAUGACGCCCGAGACAGCGUUCUCCCCAACGAAUCUGCUUCUCACCAUGGCGGCGACGAGCACUCUGAAUUCCACGUGGACCCGCACCACGGAGAGCACGUCCCCUUCCCGUUCAAGUUCAAGGCUCCUAGCGGCCGUGUGCACCGUGUUAACGUGUUCCCCUCUGCUGGCAUUGCUGAGCUGGUUGCUCAAGUGUCGGCCAAGCUGGGCCCCGAGGCGGAUGCCGUGGGUGGCGUUCCCAGCUGUGACGAGGGUAAACUGAGCAACACAGGCUACGCUCUGAGCUACCUGGACAACGAGGGCGACACCGUGUCGAUCACCACCGACCAAGAUCUGGCAGAUGCCGUCAGCCUUGCCCGUCAAUCGCACCGCGAUAAGGUCGAUCUCUUCGUCCACGACCCUACGCAGCCUCCUAUUCCUGCUACCGUUGAACCCCAGCCGGUGCCAGCCCGGCCCAUCGAGGAGAAGAGUCCCAUUCCCGAAGACCGGUCCGAGGAAGAGUCCCUGGUGGCGAAGCCCCGGGCUCAGUCCUUCCCUGUACACCAGCCCGAAGAGCAGUUUAUCGCCGGAGUGCCCAACGACCUGCUGCUUCCGGGUGCGAUUGUGACCCUGGCGGCCGUCAUUGCGGGAGUGUUCAUUCUGAGCCGGGCCACUUCCCGGUAA